CUGGUUCGCCAAUCUUAAUGUUCGUUUAAAUUUUAAUAAUUAAAUAUUUUAUGCAAUUCCAACUUUAAUAUAUUCUUCAUCAAAAUAUUUUAAAACUUCAAAUUUUGAUUCUCAUAUAAUUCACUCAUAAUAUUAUAAAGGCCUCAGUCAUAACGUAAUAUGUAUCUCUAAUUUUCUGUUAGCUCCCGUCGAAUUUAUGCUUUAAAUUAAAGUGGAAAGAAUUAAUCUGUAAUUAAUAUAAUAAUAUUUUUUACUGAAACAAAGCAUUUUUUUAUAAUAUGAUUACUGAUAACAGAGUAGUAGUAUAGAGAUGAUGGCUCUCAUAUAAAAAGUACCUUUCACUAGAUGAUGGCUCUCAUAUAAAAAGUACCUUUCACUAGAUGAUGGCUCUCAUAUAAAAAGUACCUUUCACUAGAUGAUGGCUCUCAUAUAAAAAGUACCUUUCACUAGAUGAUGGCUCUCAUAUAAAAAGUACCUUUCACUAGAUGAUGGCUCUCAUAUAAAAAGUGCCUUUCAAAAUAGUUGAAAUAUUCAACUAAAUGAAUUUUUUUUAUCUCAUUUCAGAAUUAAAAAUUUAGAAUAACAUUAUAAUUACAACAAAUGUCUCUAGAUUAUAAAAAGAAAUAAGUAAAAUUUUAUCUGUAUACGGAGGAACAUUGUUAACUCAUAUAUUUAAACCGAAGCGAUUAAAUUCAUCUAGAAUUGUUUUUAUAACUUUACAAGUUCAUUUUUCACCGAAAGGAAAUUGAUAGAAGGGAAAAAACGUUACGAUCAAGAAUAAAAUCAUGAAAAACAAUGAGUGAGAGAAGCAUUGCUGGCUCAUUCGAUUGAACCGCGGCGAUUAAAAUGAGCGAGCAAUGUUUUUGCAAGGUUAUAAGUUCUAUUCCCACUCAAAAAAAAGAGGCACAACAACUAAAAGAACCUUCAGAUAAAUUACAGAUCUGAAAUGAUGCACGCUGCAAAUGAAGUUUGCUGAGAAGAGAGUAUGCAGAUACGAACCUUGGUACCAUUGAAAUCACGGUAGAAAAUGAUCCGUUAAAGCGGGUGUAUUCAGGUCGGGAGGAAAGGUUAAGUACAAGUUUGCGAAGAAGAGGAAAUGCGCGUUCCAUUUUUUUUUCCAAGGUGAAAAAAAAGCAUUUGUUUAUAAUGGGGGACAUCUGAAGAAAAAAAGAAUAUAAAGAAAUUUAUCGAUCGAAAUCGUCAUUUAGUCACCCAGUAUACACGGGAAAUGGAUGGAAAAAAGUUGAGCUUGUUUGUUUUAAUAAUUCUAGCUACAGCAGAAUUAAUUUUUAUAAUAUCAAACCACCUUGAGACGACUGACAACGAAAUUAAAAUUAAUAAUAAAACGUGCUUUCGUUCGAUACAUAUAGGAAGGAAAUUAUUUUAUCAUGAAUGUUUAAAACAGGGUGCAAAUAUUCAUGACAUACGAUAUUUUUUUAACGUAAAUUCAACAUAUUUAUCAGCAAGCUUUUUAGGAGUUCAAAUGACUGAGAAAGAAUUUCAGAAAGUAUGUGAACAAUGUUCAAAUUGAAACAUCCUUCGUGUUUACUAUGUGUAGGAGCAUCGCAGUCGGGUAAAACCUCAUUGGUGCGACAAAUGAUUGCACAUAAAGCAUAUGAUUUUGAAUUUAAAAAUAUUAUCUGGUGCUAUAAAGUUUUUCAGCCAUGGUUUGCUAAAGAAAAAGAAAUGAAAUUUGUUCAAGGUUUUCCAGAAAAAGUCGAAAGCGGAAAUCUAUAUGUAUUUGAUGAUCAGAUGGAUCAACUUUGCCAAGAUUAUGCGGAAUUGUUCACUAUUACAGCACACCAUUCUAGAAUCAGUGUGAUUCUGAUUUUGCAGAAUCUAUUUCCCCGAAAUAAAGUGAUGCGAGACAUAAGUCUGAAUGCACAAUAUGUAAUAUUAUUUAAAAACAAUCGUGACGUGGGACAAAUCCAGUGUUUCGCAAGACAAGUAUACGGAAAUAAGGCAGCAUAUUUUAUGGAUGCUUACAAAAAGAGCACGCAAGGCAAUUUUAACUAUUUGUUGGUGGACCUACACCCGAGAACGGAUGAAAAAUUUAGGCUCAGAGAGAGCGUGUUCCCUGAUUCCAAUGGAUUUUAUUGGAUAUAUUUACCGAUAAAAUGAAGAAUAUAAAGAAGCAUUAUCACUUACUGAAACUACUACUCAGCGCAUCUCCAGCACAAAAAAGAGCAAUAAUACGGACUGCUAACAAAAGUCAGUUACAUUGCUUAUGCGAAAUUUGUGUAAACGUCUUAGGUGGUAAUUUAUCGGUGAGCGUAAAGAAAUUACGUAAAUAUAAAACGGCUAUAAGAAAAAUUGUUAAUAAAAAAUUAUCUUUAGAAAAAAAGAGAAAAGAAUUAAUUAACCAAACGGGAGGCUUCCUACCCCUCAUUCUUCCCGCAGUUCUAUCUGCGUUAGUAGGCCUUGCCGGAAAAGCAAUAGGAAGCUGAAUUUAAUAUUCGCAGCAAUGUCUCGGAGAAUGGCUCUCGUUCCUGAAGAUUUAGCAGCAACUUACUUUUCGAAAACAUCAGAUACCGGAGUACAUGGUAUUGAAAACCAAAUAUUAAACCUUCUUCAUGAGUCAAACUAUUCGGAUGAUGCAAAAGCAAAACUGUUGAGCCAACUGCUUUUAAAAUAUCAGCAUGCUAUAAAUGUGCCUAAACCACCGAUACGUGUAACUAUUGAAGACUCUAAGGAACAAGUUCAAGAAUCGCCUAAAAGUAACUCAGUGGAAGAUCCUAUAUUACGUGAUAUCAUACUUUCAGUUCCUGCGAACUUCCAAAAAUUUAUUUCGCCUAUUGCUGAAAAAUUGAAUACACGCAGCUAUGCUUGGAAUGAAUAUGGUGAAUUGAUGAAAGAUAACGAAAUCGUUAAAAACACAAACGUUAUUGACUUAUUUUCAUAUUUAAUGAGAAAUGUAAAGAAAGGUUAUGAACCACAUGGUUUUUCAGUGUUUUGGAGGGGUAUUAAAGAGAUAAAAAUACCAACACGUUGGAUUGGCAACCAGAAGCUAGUAGAAAAUUUCGGGUUUGACACAGACGCAGGCGAGAUCCAAAACGAAAUUAAUCUGAAAUCUCCAGAUUCAAAAGCAAAGAAGAAGAAGCAAAACUCGAAAAGAAAAUGGAAAGAAUAUUAGAAGCAGCAUAUUACGAUUUCGCAAACCCUGCAUCAUUUGGCGGAAUAAAGAAACUAUCAGCAAUCUCUAAAGUUCCAUAUGAGAAAGCUAAACGCUGGUUAAUGACCCAAGAUACUUAUUCGUUACAUAAACCAGUUCGGUAUAAAUUUUCUCGGAUGUCGACGCUUUCAUAUGGUAUAAAUGAUUUAUGGCAAUGCGAUCUUGUGGAUUUACAGCAUUUAGCAGAACAUAAUAAUGGGUUUAAGUAUUUACUCACCGUAAUUGAUGUAUUUUCGAAGUAUGCCUAUGUUAUACCUCUUAAAAGCAAAACUUCUGUGGCUGUAAAAAAUGCUUUUGAAAAAUUGUUACAGCAGGUUAAGCCUAAACACAUUCAAAGCGAUAAGGGCAAGGAAUUUUACAAUACGCAACUUCAGUCAUUGUUUAAGAGGUACAACAUUAACCACUAUUCAGCUGAAGGUGAUCAUAAAGCUAGUGUUAUUGAGAGGUUCAACAGAACUUUAAAAAACAAAAUGUUCAGGGUAUUCACAUAUAGAAAAUCUUAUAGAUAUGAUGAUGUGCUACAGUCACUAGUAAAGUCGUAUAAUGACAGUGAACAUCGUAGCAUUGGCAUGGCACCUUCAAAAGUCACUCGUGAUUUUGAACCACAUAUCUUCAAAAAAUUAUAUGGUUACACAUUGAAGAACUCGCGAGUGAUUUUGAAUAAGGGAGAUUUAGUAAGAAUAUCGAAAGCGAAUAAAUCGUUCAGACGAGGAUAUUUACCAGGGUGGAGCGAUGAGGUGUUUAUGGUGUCAAAAGUAUAUCCCUCUUAUCCAACUACAUUCGAGCUUCAAGACCUUAAAUCAGAAGCUAUAAAAGGACGAUUUUACGCAGAAGAACUCCAGAAAAUAUUGAAACGCCCUGAGGAUUAUUGGCAUAUAGAAAAGGUGCUUAAAACAAAGGGCAAAGGUACGAAGAAAGAAUAUUACGUGAAGUGGAAAGGCUUUGAUAAUCGGUUCAACUCGUGGGUAAAAGCAGCAUGGAUGAAGUGAACGAUUUUUACAUUACGCUUCCCAGCAACUCUAGCAUGGAUUACUUUCCAAAAAAUACGCAAGCAUCAUUCAGAACGAAAUUAUCUCGUCCAAUAAUACUAACUGGUGAAUGGGAAGUUGGUUUAUCAGAAAUAUUCGUUCCUCGAACCUGGUUCAACAUCGGAAAUCAUAAUAAUAAAUAUUCGAUAACUUACGAGGAAACAAAAUUGAUGGAAAAGGAUUUUCUGGAGUACUCAAUCAGAAUAAAAAUUGAACAGGGAACUUCUGAUGAGGAUAUAAUCGAUAACAUUAACCAAAGUAUUGAAGCAAUAUGUGGACAUUUCGUCUCUUUCGAAUUGGAUCACAAGAAUAUGAAUAUACUUAUUGCUCCGAAUUAUGAACUACACUUGACAGCUGCUGAUUCACCAAGAUUGUUAACUAUGUUAAACUUACCUAGAGAGGAUAGAGUUAUAAAAACAUCGGAAAGUUUUAUGUACAGAAAACCAUCAAAGACAAACAAAGACAAUAUUUUCAAAAUUAUCGCUCGAAAUAUGAAAAGGCAUUUUAUAAUUCGCGUCACCAGGUUUAAUCAUAAGUAUACUGAUAUGGACAACAUACAUCACGAACUCUUUCAGCAUAUAAAUCAUAAUCUAAUGCAGACUGGUAUAGGAGGUGCAGCGGAUUUUAUAUUCGACUUUAAAGAAGAUAAAGUAGAAAUAACGGUUCAAAAGAAUGUUGAACUCGAGUUUAGGUUAUUAUAUGCCCCGUUGUUUAUGCGAAUGUUGGGCAUGACGAAAGAUAUUGUUUUAACGGGUAGAACGUUACAUGUUUUGCAAAAAAUUGAAAGGCCUCCUAUGAACGAAUACUUCCGCGUGAGCAUUACGGAUAAACCAACAAUUCCUGUGAAAAUUAAAAAAACAGAGGAUAUGGAACUACAAGUCGGAUUUUAUAAAAACUCAGAGCAGUUGUUUGGAUCUUUUAAACACCUUGCUUUUAAUCAUUUAGCGAACAAUAAGAUCAAAAUUCAUAUACCAGAAAAUUCAACUCUGACUUUACAAGAAGGAUUAAGAGAUCUUUUAGGUUUCAAAGAAUCCACAUUAAAUGGCGGAACUCAUAUAUCUGACUAUCAAUUGGAGUUAGAUGGAGGAAUCACCGAAAUUUAUGUCUAUAGUGAUAUCAUAGAAUCGCACUUUGUAGGGGAUACAAUUGCUCCUUUACUCCGUAUUAUUCCUGUUAUGUCGAAAAAAGAAGACCAAAUAGUAAUAAAUUAUCAAAGACCGCUGUAUUUUCCUUUGCGCAAAAAUUAUAUCGAUUGCAUAGAAAUCGAAUUGAGAAGUAGCUCUGGAGAUGGUAUAAUUUUUACCAGUGGGAAAUCACUCUUGGUUCUCUCCUUCCGUCGCAGAACACUAUAAAACUAUUACUUAUUUUGUGAUGAAUCAUUUUAAAUCCGAUCGUGAAAGAGAAUGCAUUUGGAUCAAAAAGCUUGUGAAGAUUAUUACUGCUCGCAAGUGCAGGCUGGCGGUGGACCAUAUUUUCAGGGUGUUGGCCACCAAAGAGGAUAUGGAAUGUUUUCAAAUUUAUUUCGAUUUAUUUCUCCCAUAGCACUGAAAGCUGGAAAGUAUUUAGGAAAACACCUUCUAAGCGCAGGUUCAAAAGUAAUGUCAGAUGUUGCUUCAGGUUCAUCUCUUAAAGACUCGGCAAGAUCGCGAUUUCGCGAAACAUCAAAACAAAUAAAAGACGACAUUAUUCAUAAAAUUCAGAGCGGUUCGGGUAUAAAAAGAAAGAAAUUCCAGAAGAAAAAUCAUUCGCAACGUGUCAAGCGGAGCCGAAAGAAAUUAAAGAAAGCAGACAUAUUUUCAUAAUGGAUUCCCGAGCGUGUGCUUGCUUGCAGAGUGAAUUAGACCUUUUUAACGUGAAUCCUGUACAAUUAUCAACAGAAGACAGCUCAUUCACUGAGAUUUUUCCUGUUGCAUCUCUGAAUGAAAAGACGCCAAUUGAAUUUUACGUAAGCGGAAGUGGUGAACAUUAUCUGGACUUAUCCCAUACACUUUUGCAUCUACAAGUGAAAAUUAAAAAGAGAAAUGGAGCAGUAAUUGGAACGCCUGAUCAAGUGGCUCCUAUCAAUUAUCUCCUUAAUACGAUAUUUUCUGAAUGUUCAGUUACAUUAAAUGACAAGCAGGUUUCUUCGCAAGCUAACUACGCAUAUAGAUGUAUUUUCGAUGCUUUGCUUUCACCUCGAGCUGUUCAAGAAUCAAUGCUAACAUCGGGUCUUUUCUACAAAGACGCUGCUUCUAAGCAUGAAUCAGUAGAACUAGCUAAUGUUGGUGAUAAUGCAAAUUCCGGUUACCAAACUAGAUAUAACAUCUGCAAAGAUAGUAAACUUAUAGAUAUGAUAGGUCCAUUACAUUUCGAUCUAGGCAAUCAGAGCAAAUGUCUUAUAAAUUCGGUGAAUCUUCGGAUCAAAUUAGAAAGAAAUAAGGAUUCUUUUGCUCUGAUGUCAGCCACGCAAGAUUUUAAAGUAGUUAUAUAUCAUGCAUCAUUAUUUGUUAGGAAAAUUAAAGUCGCUCCCUCAGUCGUGAUUGCCCAUGAAUUAGCUUUAAGCAAGGGAGUUAUAAAAAUGCCUAUUCGCAGAACAGAAGUGAAAUCAUUCGCACUUUCUUCAGGAAUGCAAUCAAUAACUAUCCCUAAUGCGUUCAUUGGACAAUUACCGACACGACUUAUAAUGGGUAUGGUAUCUAAUGCUGCAUUUAAUGGGGAUUUUUCAAAAAAUCCAUUCAAUUUCAAGCAUUAUGAUUUAUCAUAUCUUUGUAUAUUAGAUGGCAAUCGUAUGAUUCCGUCAAAGCCCUUUCAACCAAAAUUUGAUAAUUCUAACAGUUACAGCAGAUGUUAUAUGAGUCUAUUUACUGAUUUGGGUAGAUAUCAUAAAGAUCAAGACAUUAAUAUAAGUUACACUGAAUAUAAAGAUGGGUAUACGCUGUUCGCUGUAGAUUUGACGCCCGAUCUCAACGCGGACGGAAUGCAUGAAAGUAUUUCACGCAAUGGUAAUUUAACUAUUGAUAUAAAAUUCAGCAAAGCAUUAUCUGAAACUGUAAAUUUAAUAGUUUUUUCAGAGUAUCGAAAUACUAUAGAAAUCGACAAAAGUCGCAGUAUUUUUUCAGAUUUUUGAAAAUGGAUAGCACAACUUUGUGCAGACUUGCAUGCAGCGACUUCCGUCUACGUUCUAAAUUUGGAGGUGUAUACGCUUCAGAUGAAUUGCCUAAGACAAUAGAUAGUUAUUCAUGUUUUAUUGUAAAUUUAGAUCCUAAAACAAAACCGGGAAGUCAUUGGGUUGCAAUAGCAUUUCGGAAUAAUAAAUGUUACUAUUUUUGUAGUUACGCUUCUGUGCCGAAUAACAAAUAUAUUUUAAAGUUCAUAGAAAAUAACGCUGCAAAUUUUGCUUGGAACAAAUGUAGAUAUCAAAGCUUAGUGUCGUAUACUUGUGGUCAUUUUUGCCUUCAUUUCUUGUACAAUUUUGUGAGAAAGCAAACUUUGUCACCUCUAGAUUCUAAUAAAAUUGAAAAUAACGAGAAGUUUAUUAAAAAAUUUGUAGCUAGCAAAUUUCGUUUACAAAAUUGCUGCUUUUCUCCAUAUUCAAAUCAAAUUUGUGAAGCUCGUGAUUUCAGAAAUAGAUGUCUUUAGACAUGUUUCAACAGAAUAUAAUUAUAUAUGCUCUCUCUAUAAGCUCUCUAUAUAAAUUUAACAUAUUUUUUUGGAGGUCACUUUUCAUACAGAGCAUAUAAAAGAGAUACACUAACUGGGGAAUUCUCAUUGUGCUUCAACUGAUUCAGCAGAAACGAUGACUUCCGAACUGAGAUAUGGCUUUAUGUACUUGAAGCGUACUGGAUCAGCUUAUAUGAUUCAUUGCUUCACCGAUUCCCUUUACGAAAAUAUGAUAUCCUGUGUUCAAGCUGCGAACUCCUAUCAAAUGGAUACAGUUGAUUCAGACUGCAGAUUGAAGAUUGCCUAUUUCAAGGUUCUCAACAAUAAUGAUAUUGUCAGAGAACUCCAUAACGGUUCUGCUAUGAAUUAUCGACAGACAUUUGAUUGUAAAACGUAAUACAAAGCGAACUUCGGCGAAUCAAUUACUCAUGAUUCAAAGAUCUGCAAUGGAAUUGUGGACAACUUCAAAGAAAAUAAAUGUAAAUACUAAACUAUACAGCUAAGAUACUGAGAAUAGCUCAGCAUUGUAAACUCUAUAUAAAAUUGUAAUACUAAGCAGCACUAACUGUCAUUUAAUGUAACAUCAUCAAUGAAUCGAUGUUCUACAUGCAUAAGCAACACGAAGAAACUGAUUGUACCACUCGAUGUAAUAUUUUAACAAUCCCUGAAUAAAAAUAUAAUUUAACUGUAUAAUUGCGUCUGUCUUAUUUUGCUUCGCUACAUCAAUAUGUUUUUUGUAAUAUCCUAUAUCACCGUAAAAUUACGUUGUUUUAUUCUCAAGGUGGUGAAAGUGGGUUAAGGUAGGAAAAUGCACAUAAAGUUAUUUUAAAAUUACUUUAAGGUCACCAGUUCAGGGAGAACAAGGCGUUCCUGGGAAAUUCUACAGAUAAUAAACAAUUAUUCCAUUGCCACUUACAUAAACAGGGGUAUAAAUAUAAGCUACAUCAGCCUUUGUACAUAUACUACCGAUCUUGUUGAAGACUUCAUCUUCAUCUCUGUCUCCGUCUUCCUCAGAGUGCGUGUAUCUAAGUACUACUCAGCUAUCAUGGACAGUCACAAAGCGAGCGUCAGCUUAACUGAUAGCGAUUCAGACGGCGAGCAGUUAUUUCCCCUUCCUUCCAAGGAAAAGCAUACAAGCGCUAAAAGAAAAUCAAACGAUGAGAAAAAAGAGGAGUCCACCAAAAGAGCAAAGAAUUUCGAGUAUAAUUUUUCUGAUCCGACAGAAGAGAAAAAGCUCAUACCCCCAAUAAGCGCUUACCUAGGAAAAGGGAUUAACAUCAGCAUCAAGGAAUACAGAAAGUCCUAUUAUCUUGCUUUCCAAAAGAAUGUUGGAGAUGAAACAAAGAACAGAUUCAACAUGAAUCUUGACCAAUUGGGAGCUUUAAAAAAAGCUAUAAAUGUGUUUGCAGAACAUAUAAAGAAAAAUUGACAUUCACGAGUUAAAUGAAAAUUUUGUAAAAAAAUUGAACUAACUUGACAAUUUUCCCUAUAUUCAUCUUCUUAGAAUGUCGUUUAAUAGAAUAGAAUCAAGUUUUAGAGGUUAUAUUUCAGCUUACCGACACUCUCCGAUACACUCUGAUCCCUACAACUUAUAUAACGAAAUUCGAGAAAACAUUUUCUUACUCUUAUUAGAGCAAAACCUACCUUUCCGUCUUUUAAUAUGCAUAAGCAUUGAAUUUAUUAAAGAUACUCAUCCUGACAAUUUACUGCAAAACGCUUACUUCUGUUCAUUUGCUGAACGCAUAAUAUCAUAUAACCAAGUAAAAAGUAAAGUUAAAAGCUGUUUUCAGAAAAUAUUCAAUUCCAUUGAAACAUAUAUCCAAAACGGUAGUGGUUGGGUUAUUAAUAAAAUUAACUUUUUAGAUGUUAAUAUCGGACAGUACAGAGAACCGCGGGGAGGUUGCGGUAAUAUAAAAUUACCUGACUGUUUAAAAAAAAAAAGAACUCUUCUAAAUAUACGUUGCGAUGAUCACAAAUGCUUCAUAUAUAGUUGCUUAGCUCAUCUCUUUCCUCCUGAAAAAAAUUCUAAUGCUCCAAGCAGUUACCAAAAUAAACUAAAAUACUUAAAAUUGAAAAAUGUAACCUUCCCCAUGAAACUCUCUAACAUAAAGCAUUUUGAAAGUAUCAACAGCUUAAAGAUAAAUAUUUUUACUUAUGACAAAGAAGUUUUCCCCAUAUAUAUCAGUAAUAAAAAGUUGGGUUCGGAAAUAAAUUUACUUCUGUAUAAAGAGCAUUACUUCUUAAUUAAAAAUCUAAAUCGUUUAUUAAACUCCAAAAAAGGGAUUCAUCAUUAUUGCUCGCGAUGCCUGAUUGGAUUUCAGAGGCGAAAUAGUCUUGUAGAUCAUAAGCGAGUGUGUUGCCAAAAUGCCCCCCAAAAACUAUCCCCGCCUAAAAUAAACACUGUAAAAUUUACUAGCAUUUACAAAAUGUUGUUCCAUCCUUUUAUUUUGUAUGCGGAUUUUGAAUGCAUAACGAAAAAUAUAUCUACUGUUUUACCAAAUACAUCUCAGAGUUUUUCAGCCAACCUAGAGCAUCACGAACCAAUCAGUUUCGCAUUAAUAGCAAUUAAUAUAAAAAAUGAAAUAAUAUAUCACAAAUUCUAUUGCGGAGAAAAUCCAGUACAAAUAUUUUUAAAAACAAUAAAAAAAUUAGCAAAAUCUUUAUUUAAAAGACUAUCAUGCAAUAAACCAAUGAUCGAGGAAAAUAUACCAACGGGAAAGCCUAGCACAUGUUACAUAUGCAAGUUAAAAUUUGAACCGAGUGAUCGCAUUGUCAGAGAUCAUUGCCAUGUUUUAGGCAUAUUUAGAGGUUUCUGUCACAAUUCAUGCAAUUUAAAUUUAAAAAGAAGUAAUUUCAUUCCUGUAGUCAUUCACAACCUUAAGGGGUACGAUUCCCACUUAUUGUUAAAACAUAUGUCUCCAGAAUUCGCGCAUCAGAUUGAUAUAAUUCCGACGAAUAGUCAAAAAUUUACUAGUUUCACCCUCGAUAAUUACAUUAAAUUUAUUGAUUCGUACGCAUUUCUUGAUUCUUCCUUAUCUUCUCUUGUAGAAAUUUUGAAAAUUUCUGAACAUCGGUUUGACAUUUUUGAUUCUUUUUUCCAAAAUAAAACAAAUAGAAACUUACUCAAACAAAAAGGAUUUUUUCCUUAUAGCUAUUUUUCAUCAAAAGAUAUUUUAAAACAAAAGACAUUUCCACCUCACGAAGCCUUUUUUAACAUUUUGACGAAUUCGAACAUAACAAAAAAAGAAUACAAACACGCACUGAGGGUUUACCAAGAAUUUCAUUGUAAAAAUUUUCAAGAUUACCUUGAAUUGUAUCAAAAUACAGAUACAAUUCUUUUAGCUGAAGUAUUUCAAUCGUUUCGACAAACAAGCAUGAUGCACUAUCAUUUGGACCCUGCUCAUUUCCUAACUAUUGCUGAUUUAACGUGGCAUUCUGGUUUAAAAUUCACAGGUCAGGAAUUAAAAUUGUUAUCGAAUGUAGAAGACUAUGUCUUACUUGAGACUCAAAUGAGAGGUGGAAUUUGCUUUCUCGGUCAAAGAUAUGCCCAGGCAAAUAAUCCAUAUCUUUCUUGUUAUAACCCCGAUGAACCUACAAAUUAUAUUGUGAAUUUAGAUGUUAACAAUCUUUACGGACAUUGCAUGUCUGAAUAUCUACCUGUGGGGGAUUUUCGUUGGCUUUCACCUGAAGAAAUAGCUGUUUUUGAUUUAGCAAAUGUAUCUCGAUACUCAGAAACGGGAUAUUUAUUAGAGGUAGAUUUACUAUAUGAUAAAUCAGCUCAUGAUUUCCAUGAUUUUCCCUUAGCAGCAGAACACUUAAAUAUAAAUAAACAAAUGUUAUCAGAUUAUCAAAAAAAAAUAUUGUCUGAAAAAAAUAUUCCAUUCACCGAGUGUAAAAAGUUAACACCAAAUUUUUAUCCAAAGAAACGCUACAUUUUACACUACAGGAACUUAAAAUACUAUUUAAAGCAUGGGAUGUCUUUAAAAAAAAUUUAUCGGAUCUUGGCUUUUUCACAAUCAGACUGGUUGCGAAGCUAUAUAAAUUUUAAUAAUGAAAAACGCCAACAAGCCAAAAGCGAGUUUGAAAAAUCUUUCUUUAAAAAAAUGAAUAAUGCUUUUUUCGGCAAAACAUGCCAAAACGUCAGAAAAAGAAUUAACUUAAAGACUGCUCUUACACCCGCUGAAUGUAGAAAGCAUUUAGCAAGUCCUUUACUUGAAUACUUUGAGAGCAUAAACGAAGACUUCGCUGUCUUUAAGAUGAAAAAAAUUAAUCUAGUUCUCGACAAACCAAUUUAUGUAGGAUUUUGCGUGCUUGAGCUAGCUAAAUUACACAUGUAUACUUUAUAUUACUCUAAGUUCAAAAAAUAUUAUAAAGAAAAUUGCAAACUCUUAUACACAGAUACUGAUUCUCUAUUCAUGCAAAUAUUUACAAAUAAUGUUUACAAAGAUUUUAAAAACGAAUUUUUUGAUAUCAUGGAUCUAAGCAACUAUCCAUCUUCAAGUGAAUUUUUUAAUUCGGAGAACCAAAAUAAGUUAGGGUUUUUAAAAGACGAAACGAAAUCUAAACCUAUUUCAGAAUUUAUCGGUUUACGAUGCAAAAUGUACAGCUACAAAUGUGAAAAUACUGAAACGAAAAAGGCAAAAGGUGUAAAACAGAGUUGUUUAAGAAACAUAACACAUGAACAUUUUAAAACCUCUUUACUUAAUGAAACGAUUCAUCGUCACGAGCAAUAUUCUAUACAGUCAAAAUCACAUAUUCUUUCUACAACCAUAUCAAACAAAAUUUCUUUAUCUCCGUUUUACGAUAAAAUAUUUUUGAAUGAGGAUGGUGUGACCGGAAAAUGCUUUGGUCACUAUUCCUUGCUUGAAGAAUAAUGGUAAUAUAAUUUUCGUUUAUUUUUAUGUUCUUCAAAAAAAAUUUUUUUUUGAAAAACUAUUAAGCAUUCAAUAGCUACCUUCUGUUAAGGGGAAAAUUGUCUCUUAGUUCAAUUUUAUUUCACAUGCUUUGUAAGUGAAUCAAAUGUUUACUCAGAUCGACUGGUUGGACUGAGUUUUUUCAUGGUUUUCUCAGUCUAUAACGCAAAUGCGAACCAAUAUAAGAAGAUCUUCCAUGACAUAUUAUUAAUAAAUACCAAGAACAUUUUAUUUUUAAUGUAAUCAAUUUUUAUACUAUUUUUGCAUGUACAUAUAUAUAUGAUUCAAGUUGUUGUUUUUAUCUUAGUUAAUAUUGUAUUAAUUGUUUGCACUGUUUUUCGAAUGAAAUGGAAAUAAUUUGUAUUCAUAUCCUUUCUUUAUAUACAUUUCUUUCUUAUAUUCACAUGCUUUGUAAGUGAAUCAAAUGUUUACUCAGAUCGACUGGUUGGACUGAGUCUUUUCAUGGUUUUCUCAGUCUAUAACGCAAAUGCGAACCUAUAUAAGAUCUUCCAUGAGAUAUUAUUAAUAAAUUCCAAGAACAUUUUAUUUUUUAAUGUAAUCAAUUUUUAUACUAUUUUUGCAUGUAUAUAUAUAUAUAUAUGAUUCAAGUUGUUGUUUUGUCUUACUUAAUAAUGUAUUAAUUGUUUGCACUGCUUUUUCGAAUGAAAUGAAAAUAAUUUGUAUUCAUAUCCUUUCUUUAU